AUGUCCACCUACGCCUCGCGCUACACAGAUGGGGACGAUUACGGCGGUGGUGGAGGAGGAGGGUUCAUGCAAGGCUCCCAGAAUAACAAUACACCCGGUGGCACCCGCCGUGUCGAACAAGCUCUACGGCCCGUGACGAUCAAACAAGUGCUGGAUGCCGAAGCCUCAAACACCGACUCAGCAAUUUCGAUCCAAGAUAUCGAUGUCACUAAUGUCUCGUUCUGUGGAGUGGUUCGUGAUAUUGUCAGGAACGCAACCAACGUACUGUUGCAGGUCGAAGAUGGAACAGGCGGAAUCGAAGUCCGAAAGUGGAUCGAUUCGAGCGAUGGGGAGAGCGAAGGAUUCGAGGCUGAGACGGGAAUUCAAAUUCGAGAUUGGGUACGAGUGAUUGGAUCACCAAAACUGUUUAAUAACAAGAAGAAUGUCGCUGGACUCCGUAUAGAGAAAAUUACCGAUUUUAACGAAAUCAACUAUCGUCUUCUCGAUGCAGUCCGAGUCACACUGGCUUAA